AAGAAAUAGAGGCCGGGAGAGAGGGAGGGGAGGGGAGGGGGCGGAGAAGGGAAGGAGGAGAUGGCAAUGGCGACGGCGCUCCGGCGGCUAUCCUUCUCUGCUGAGGCGAGGAGAUUGCAUCAUCUGUCUCCGGCUUCUCUCUGUUUCAUGUCUUCUCUUCCAAGCGAGGCUGCUUCUUACGAGAAGGAUGGAUCCCGCGUCACAUGGCCUAAGCAACUCAACGCUUCACUCGAGGCCGUGGAUCCGGAGGUUGCCGACAUCAUCGAGCUCGAGAAGAACAGGCAAUGGAAGGGUCUGGAGCUUAUACCUUCGGAGAAUUUCACAUCGGUGUCGGUGAUGCAAGCCGUUGGAUCUGUUAUGACUAACAAGUACAGCGAGGGCUACCCCGGUGCAAGAUAUUAUGGUGGAAAUGAAUAUAUUGACAUGGCGGAGACAUUGUGCCAAAAGCGUGCUCUUGAAGCUUUUAGAUUGGAUCCCAAAAAGUGGGGAGUGAAUGUACAGUCUCUAUCUGGUUCUCCUUCUAAUUUUCAAGUUUAUACGGCUCUUUUGAAACCACAUGAAAGAAUAAUGGCGCUAGAUCUUCCUCAUGGUGGACACCUUUCACAUGGCUACCAGACUGAUACCAAGAAGAUCUCUGCUGUAUCAAUAUUCUUUGAGACAAUGCCAUAUAGAUUGAAUGAGGCCACUGGGUACAUUGACUAUGAUCAGUUGGAGAGAAGUGCUGUACUCUUUAGACCUAAAUUAAUUGUUGCAGGAGCUAGUGCGUACUCACGCCUUUAUGAUUAUGCUCGUAUUCGCAAGGUCUGUGACAAGCAGAAAGCUAUUCUUUUGGCAGAUAUGGCACACAUAAGUGGACUGGUAGCUGCUGGUGUUAUUCCAUCUCCUUUUGAUUAUGCAGAUGUGGUGACGACUACAACUCACAAGUCGCUUCGCGGACCACGUGGAGCCAUGAUAUUUUUCAGAAGGGGGGUAAAAGAGAUAAAUAAACAAGGGCAAGAGGUUAUAUAUGACUUCGAAGAGAAAAUUAAUGCUGCAGUCUUCCCUGGAUUACAAGGUGGUCCACAUAAUCAUACAAUUACUGGCUUAGCUGUUGCACUUAAGCAGGCUACAACUCCAGAGUUCAGAGCAUAUCAAGAACAAGUCCUCAGCAAUUGUGCAAAAUUUGCUCAGCGGUUAGCUGAGAAAGGUUAUGAACUUGUUUCUGGUGGUACAGAUAACCAUUUGGUCUUAGUAAAUUUGAAAAGCAAGGGAAUUGAUGGAUCCAGAGUGGAGAAAGUGUUAGAAUUGGUUCAUAUUGCAGCCAACAAAAAUACAGUUCCCGGUGAUGUGUCAGCCAUGGUUCCUGGUGGCAUCAGGAUGGGAACACCGGCACUCACAUCCAGGGGGUUCGUUGAGGAAGACUUUGCCAGAGUUGCAGACUUUUUCGACGCUGCUGUGAAAUUAUCACUGAAAGCCAAGGCUGAAACAAUAGCUGGAACAAAGCUCAAGGACUUCAUAGCCACUAUUCAGACAAAUGACAAUAUUAAAACUGAGAUUGCUAAGCUUCGGCAUGAGGUGGAGGACUAUGCAAAACAAUUCCCUACAAUUGGAUUCGAGAAAGAGACGAUGAAAUAUAAACAGUAAUUUAUCGUUUGAUAUGCAUUACUAUUUGGUGCAUAUAUUACUCUUAUUAAUCCUUGAGCCACAUAGAAAUCUUGUAAACUAUUUAACGCUCCCUUUUGCAUUACUGUGGAUGGUUUAAAGAAUAUGUGCCAUGUUUAAGGAAUGAAUUCUCGACUAUAAUUUGGGCUA